AGCGUUCGUGAUACGGUCACACUACUUCCUAAGAUUGGACAAAAAUGAACAUAGUGGAAGCUGAGAUUCCAUCAUCCUUCAAUAUCAACAUUAGUUUAAACGCUCAGACAUGCCGUGUUUGUCUGCAAUCUCACGAGACCACUUUGUGCCUUCGCGAUGAAAUCGAGUACAAUGAUUUGAAUGUGGAAUUGUGGCAAUUGCUAGAAAACGUUUCUAAUGUGAAGUGCAUAUGGAAUGAACCAAAUCUGCCCACUCAACUGUGUCAAAGUUGCACACGUCGUCUGAUAAGCGCCUAUGAAUUUAUUCGCGAAGUGGAAAGAUCACAGCAAACCUUACAGGAAAUAUGCAACAGCUUGGAACAAGAUCAGUCCACUAUGGCUGUUAUCUCCGACGUGAACGUGGAUGGAGUAGACGUGCCUGAACACGCAAGUGAUGAAGAGCUGCUGCAUUUGGAUGAAUGUGAAUCGAUUAUUGAAUUGCAUGAAGUGGAAUUGGAACAAUCCGAGGAGGUUUCAAAUAAUGCUACAGAGGAGACUGAGCCCGAUGAUCUCGUCCAGCAUAUUAUACAAAAUGAUUCGAGCGCAGAAAUCAAUUGUAAUGCUGACCCAGAGGAAGAGCGUCCGUCACAACUUGGCAUGCGUUUGACGCAUUCACAAAGCUACACCUAUAAAUGUGCGAGUUGUCCGCGAAUUUUUGCCAAGAACAAGUCGCUAGUUAGGCAUUUUGCUGUGGCACACAGCCAGUCGGCAGAUAUGGCCGCCCAGGAGCUGGCAAAAGAGCACAGCAGCAGCGGAGCACUGAUAUGUGAACACUGUCCCCGAAUCUUUAAACGUCAAGAUACGCUGCGCCGACACAUGACAGCAUUUCAUCCCGACGCCGUAGCCACCAGUCAAAUCUCCGAAGAUGAGUCAAACUCAAUGGCCCCAAAACGCGCAGUAAAGCGACGAGAAUGUCCCCAUUGUGGCAUUAGUUUUCCCGUGUCCAGUUUGACGAUACACAUACGACGGCACACCGGCGAAAAUCCCUACAAAUGUGAUCAGUGUGAGAAGGCAUUUCCCCGCAGUCAGGAUCUAAGUUUGCACAAACGCCAGCACACGGGUGAACGACCAAGUGAAUGCAAGAUAUGCGCCAAGAAGUUCAUUUCGCAGAACAAACUGGCUCGACACAUGCGACUUCAUACUGGGCAGCGUCCUUAUGCCUGCGACAGAUGUGAGAAAAGCUUUGUGCAGUCCAAUGAUCUUAAGAUUCAUAUGCGCCGGCACACGGGAGAGCGGCCAUACAUCUGUGGCGUUUGUGACAAAAGCUUUGUUUGCGGCUCACUUUUGAACAUCCAUCGCAAUCAGAAACACCACUUUGAGGGCGAUGAAAUUGCUAAUACCAAUGCCAAGCCCAAUCCUGAUCCUUACGAGAAUAGUCGCGUGAGCAAGCGACGUGCGGAGGAUAUUGAACGCAUACGAUUGCAGCGAGAGCAGAAAACGACAUUGCCAAUAAUGCUGCGGCCUUACACAUGUGGUGUCUGUGGCGAUAACUUUAAGAGCGGCGCCCUGCUCACAAUUCAUCGCAAUAAAAUGGCUCACUACGAGCGAGCUAAGGUCAACUAUGGGGAUCCAUAUGAGCAAAAAUACAAGCAACAGCAGCACUCAAAAUCAGAUAAUAAUAAUGAAGUCUAAGUUGCAAUUUGAAUUGUUUGAAAACAUAAAUAUUAUAUACAUAUGUACAUAUGUAUAUUUUUAAUGUUUUAAUUAUAAAUUCACUGUCUAAUUCAUGUACAUAUACAUAUGAGUAUGCAUAUAUUUUAUUUUUAUUCGCCUAUGCAUAAUUUCGGUUUAUUUACAUAUAAUUUAUUUAUAAAACUAAAAUAUAAUUAAAAUUUUUUAAAAUCAUAGAGAUAAUACAUGUUAUAUCAAACAUAUGUUUGAGGGCUCAAAGAGCGAGUUACAUACAUAGUUCUGCAAUCGGGGUUGAGAUUGUGUAAUGUAAUAUUUUUCAUUUAAACAUACAUAGAUGAUUACAAAUAAAAUAAUUAUACACAAAUACAAUUAAUGCAAUGUGCUUAAAUGAACAGUAAACAAAUAUUAAUAUAUAUGCAUGUACAUACAUAAUUACCUAAACCAACGAUACACGAUAAUAGUUUAGCUUUUCAGUUUUU